UGUGUCGUAUAUGAUUUUUACUCAUAUCAUUACCCUAAAAUAUUUACCAUUUCUUUAAAUAUACUUUUUUUUCUAAUUUAUUCUAGGUCAAUUUUUCAAGAUAUGGUCAGUAUGGAUAUGUUAAUAAUGAAAAUAAUGAAUUUCGCACAACGUUUGGUUGAUGCAGACCGAGCAUCACUUUUCUUAGUCGAUUCUAAAAACAAAGAGCUUUACGCAACAAUUUUCGACGUCGGUGUAGAAACGCAUCGCGAUGGUUUAGACGAAGAAAAUGAUGACAACAUAAGAAUGCAUACAUCAAAAGAAAUAAGAUUUCCCUUAGGAACGGGAAUAGCGGGCCAAGUUGCAAUGACCGGGGAAAUCCUAAACAUAUCUGAUGCUUAUUCAGACGAACGGUUCAAUAGAACUGUUGACCAAUUAACCGGUUACAAAACACAAACUAUUUUAUGCAUGCCGAUUUAUAUAAGGGGAUCGAUAAUCGGAGUAGUACAAAUGGUAAAUAAACAUACCGGAAUGUUCAAUAAAGAGGACGAGGAAGCUUUCGAAAUGUUUGCUGUUUAUUGCGGUUUGGCGUUACAUCACGCGAAACUUUACGAUAAAAUACGCCGUUCCGAGCAAAAAUAUCGUGUUGCUUUGGAAGUUUUGAGUUACCACAAUAGUUGUAACGAAGACGAAUUUUAUACGGCUUUAAAAGAAGGACUUCCCGAGAACGUAAUCGGAAUUGAUGAUUAUUAUUUCAACGCAUUCGAAAUUGAGGAUUAUGAAAAAGCUCGCCAAUCUAUUUAUAUGUUUAUCGAUCUCUUUGGGUUAACGAGAUUCGAUAAAAGCAGUUUACUUAAAUUUACCUUAACUGUAAGAAAAAAUUAUAGAAGGGUUCCGUAUCAUAAUUGGACCCAUGGAUUUUCUGUCGCUAAUUGCAUGUAUAGUAUUAUUAAACAUUCUGAUAAUGUGUUUAGACCAAACGAAGCGCUAGCUCUUUUUAUAGGGGCUCUAUGUCAUGAUUUAGAUCAUCGAGGAAAAAAUAAUAAAUUUAUGCUUGAUACGGAAUCUCCACUUGCUGCUAUUUAUUCUACAUCGACUAUGGAGCAUCAUCAUUUUAAUCAAACUGUCACAAUUCUACAACAAGAAGGGCACAAUAUUUUCAGCAAACUUUCUAGUAGUGAAUACAAACAAGUUCUAAGUUUAAUUAAACAUUGUAUUUUAGCAACAGAUUUAGCACUAUUUUUCCCAAAUAAGGCAAAAUUAAACCAGAUCGUUCAGGAGCAAUCGUUUUCAUGGUCAAACCAAGAGCAUCGAUUACUCAUUCAAGCAAUUGCAAUGACUGCUAGUGAUUUAUCGGCAAGUGCAAAACCUUGGAACAUUCAAGUUGAAACGGUGAAGAUUAUUUUCGAGGAGUUUUAUCAACAAGGUGACGCUGAACGAGCAGCUGGAAGGAAACCGAUUCCGAUGAUGGACAGGUAUCAACCCGACCAACAAGCUUCAUCUCAAGUUGGAUUUUUAAUGGGGAUUUGUAUGCCGUGUUAUGAUCUGUUGUAUUCAUUAAUUCCGGAAACUAAACCGUUGUUGCAAAUGUGCAAAGAAAAUCUUGAACGAUGGCAGAAUAUCGAUGAUGAAAUCAAGAAAAAGUAAUUUUUAAUUGAGCAAUUUUCCACAUACUAUUAAUUUAUUUCUAGAGUUAC